UCUCGUUUAGAGAGCAAAGCGCGCUGCCCGUGGACUUGUGUGCUAGUGAUUACGUUAUCAGUCCGUUCAAAUUUGUUUAGCCAAACAACUAUGCACAAAGACAAAUGAAUGUACCAGGAUGACAGAAAAGACAGGCGUACGUUUUGAAGAGGCGGAGAAGAAGAAGGGAGUUAUUCUGACAUCAAUAGCAGUGUCAUGUGCGGCAUUGGGAUGGUUAACGCGCGGUUGCCCAACUGUAAUGGGCGCUGUAGCCCUAUUGGGCACGUAUUUUUUAACUGGAGAUAGAUACCAGUGGAUCUACAUUUGGAAGCAGACGCAUUACAGGGAUUUUCUAGGUCUGCGUGUCCUUCUAUACACAAUAUUCAGGAUAUGGAUGUGGGAGCGUCAAGGCAAGACGGUGGUCACGAGGUGGGCCGAUGUGGCUCGAAUGAGCCCGAACAAAAAGGCCUUUGUCAUGGACAAUAGGGCUCUCACGUUCCGCGAGGGUGAUGAAUUCAGUAACCGCAUAUCCUGGUACUUCAAGCGAGCAGGAUAUAAGCCUGGUGAAGUAAUCGCCUUGUUGAUGGAGACGCAGCCUGAGUAUGUGUUCCUAUGGCUCGGUCUGGCCAAGAUCAGGGUGACCACUGCACUGAUCAACACCAACUUGAAGGGCAGUCAACUGAUACACUGCCUCAGGAUAGCUGGCUGCAAAGCUGUUAUCUUCGGAGAUGAGAUGUCGGAAUCUGUAAAAGAGAUCCAAUCAGAGAUUCCAGACAUCCCACUCUUCCAAUACAACUCCCCGGACAGGGAGAAGGCUCCUUUCGUCCAGGGUACAGCACAUUUGUCCGUUGAGCUGAAGGAAAUGUCCACAGAGCCUGUCAUUGAGACUGAGCAGGCGAAACCAAGAGACACGCUCUUGUAUAUUUAUACUAGUGGGACUACUGGAUUCCCUAAGGCAGCUAUUAUUACAAAUAUUAGAUACCUGUUGAUUCCACUAGGAGUGCAGAGCUCAGCGCAGCUCACUCCAUCCGAUGUGAUAUACGACCCACUACCUCUUCACCACACGGCGGGCGGAGUACUAGGCGCAGGUCUUGCUAUAGUUUCAGGGUGUACAGUUGUGCUUAGGAAGAAGUUCUCCGCUUCCAAUUAUUGGAGUGAUGCUGCUAAAUAUGGAUGCACGGCCACUCAGUACAUUGGUGAGAUCUGCCGCUACCUUCUCGCAGUGCCUCCUGGUCCUAACGACCGCGCUCACAAAGUCAACGUUAUCUUCGGCAAUGGACUAAGGCCGCAGAUAUGGGAAGAGUUUGUUAAAAGAUUUGGCAUCAAAAGGGUCAUGGAGUUCUAUGGUGCUACUGAGGGAAACAGCAAUCUUGUAAAUCUUGAUUCAAAAGUGGGAGCCAUUGGUUUCUUGAGUAGGAUAUUCUCAACGAUUUAUCCUCUUACUUUAGUCAAAUGUGAUGAGAUUACUGGUGAAAUCCUGCGAGACAGUAAUGGCAGAUGUAUUACUUGCGGUCCUCAUGAACCAGGUCUUCUGUUAGGUAAAAUUGAUGCGAAAAAAGCAAUUCUGACAUUUGCGGGGUAUGCUGACAAAACCGCUUCAGAAAAGAAGAUGGUACGCAAUGUGAGAAAUGAAGGUGACUGCUAUUUCAAUACAGGCGAUGUUCUUGUAAUGGAUCAUUAUGGGUACUUCUACUUCAAGGACCGAACUGGAGAUACAUUCAGGUGGCGAGGUGAAAAUGUAUCAACUGCAGAAGUAGAAGGAGUCAUCAGUUCAUUGGUUGGACUGAAAGAUGCUGUAGUUUACGGAGUCAAAGUACCUAACACAGAAGGAAAAGCAGGAAUGGCAGCUAUCGCUGAUCCAGAGAGAACUUUGGACCUGGCCACACUAGCCAAAGGUCUUCGUUCCUCACUGCCAGUAUUCGCUCGACCUCUUUUCAUCAGGAUCUUGCCAGAAUCACCACUUACUGCCACUUUUAAGCUCAAGAAGAAAGAGCUGAUGGAACAAGGUUUUGAUGUAGAAAUUGUAAGCGAUCCAAUGUAUUUUAUGGAUCAAAAGACCGGAGAAUAUGUUCCUUUAACUCAGAAGCUGUUUGAUGAUAUCAUGCAGGGUUUAGUGAGACUGUGAUUAUGAAUGCCAAAUGUUGGAAGGUGUCUAGAAAAUGUCGGGUUGCCAUCAAAUGGAUUGUACUGCAGCAAUCGAACGCAGUUUUUUCAUUGUUAGUCAAUUUCGUGGCAGUCUUCUGUAUUCUUUUAAGAAUGAGUGUGUCUAUAUAUUGAUUUUAUAACUUAUAAGCAGACUGCUUUACUAAUUAUUAGUUUUUCCUACAAAAUCAUUACUGUAUAAAUUAUGUUAUUGAAAUUAUUUCAACUAUGAUACGUUAUGUGUAAAUUAUGCUGAUUAUAAUAGGUAGUUCUUAUCAUCGAAUAACACGGGGCUAGCGACGGAUAUGGUUAAUUUAUAAAAUUGGGGUCAGCAGAGGACGUUGUAAAUAGGGAUAACCACUAACCAGGGCAUUUUUGGAAUUUGUAUUAAUUUAGGAGCAGGAAGACUGUUUCCUAUCAGUCAAUAAGUUUUUUUGUGAUUCAUGUUUUAUUGGUGACAAAGGCUGUGUAAAAAUAUGUUUGAAGUACUAGGACAUCAUAGACGGUGAGUACUAUGAGUUUUGGUAGAAAGAAAAAUGUAUGCACGAUCAUCGCAAACAAAAGUUGAUGAUUAGGUUUCCUUCUACUAUAUUUGUAUAUAUUUGUAUUUUCUACUAUAUUUGUAAGAAUACAAAACAAAAUCAUAGAUGUAAUUUUAUAUCAAAAUCAUUAUUUGAGGCAAAGUUAAACAUAUCAAGUAUAUUUUAUACAAUUUACAAUGAAUUUUGAACUAAAAUAUUGCGGUAAUUAGGGAGAUUUUUGUCCAACGAAGAAUCUCAAUGUAAGCACUAGGUAAUUUACAUGCAUUUGUAAAGAUAAUAAUGGAAAAUUAAAAUGUAUAUGUCUAAUAACGA